AUUACACCUUGGAUUGUAGUUUUGAUAAUAUUAUUUUAUUUUAUUUUUAAUCGUGAUACUAUUGUUCUGUGGUGAUACUAUAGUAUUUGUUGUGAUCUUGAUAAUUUUUAAGUCUUCUUUUUUUCGAAUAAUUUACAAAUUAAAUAAUAUUAUUUUUCAACUGUCCGUAUGUAUCCAUAACCAUAUUAAUACAACAAUUCAUAUUUUCACAUUACAUCAUAAUUAAUAAUAGUAUAUUUAGUAGAAAAGAAAAAUGAUGGAUUCCCAAGAUGCUAAUCGUCCCGAACUACUAGAGGAAGUAAGACUUUUUCGCAACGCCCGUGAACGGGAAAAGUAUGAUAAUAUGGCUGACUUCUAUGCACUAGUCAACACACUGCAGCAUUUGGAAAAAGCAUACAUACGUGACUGUGUAACGCCCAAAGAGUAUACUGCCGCCUGCUCAAAACUGCUUGUUCAGUGCAAAGCUUCUUUUAAACAAAUACAGGGUGACGAUUUUCCAUCGGUUGAGUCCUUCGUUAAAAAAUACAAAUUAGACUGUCCAGCAGCAAUAGAGCGUAUUAAAGAAGAUCGGCCGAUUACUAUUAAAGACGAUAAAGGCAAUACCAGUAAAUGCAUUGCAGAUAUUGUGUCUUUAUUUAUAACCAUAAUGGAUAAGCUUAGAUUGGAUAUUAAAGCAAUGGAUGAACUUCAACCUGACCUUCGGGAUUUAAUGGAUACCAUGAACAGGCUUAGUAUGUUACCAGCUGAUUUUGAAGGAAAACAAAAAGUAUCUGACUGGCUAAGUUCUCUAUCAUCUAUGAACGCAUCAGAUGAAUUAAAUGAAACCCAAGUGAGACAGUUGAUUUUUGAUCUAGAAUCAUCUUACAAUGCAUUCAACAAGUUGCUCCAUCAGUCAUCUUAGGCAAAUUUAUUAGUAAAUAUUUUUAGUUAUAUCAAAUACAAAAGUAACACCAGAAUAUUUGAAUAAUCUUUAUUUAUAAGAAUACAAAUGAUAAUAAAUUGAUUAUAAUUAUAUAUGACAUUAGAAAAAGAUGCAUUUAUUAAUAAUAAUAAUAGUAAAAUGCUUGUUGAAAAAAAAUAUAGAGAAGAUCACCACUUGAUUGUUCAGUAACAA